ACCGAUAGUAUCGCACUCCCAACGAAAGUCACUAUUAGCACGCUUUUGAAGUUUGCGGAAAAAAAGAAAAUAGGAAAGCGCGAAAAAGCAGCGGAUCAGCAAGGACCGGCGAAAUGGGAGUCCGUGGUCUAACCAGUUACAUAGCGCAGCGCGCGGAGAUCUACCUGAAGCCCCACGAGCUGCACUCCACAGCGCUGGUCAUCGAUGGCGACAACCUGUCCUGCAAUCUGUACAAGGAUGUGACCGGGAGCUACUCCGCUUUCGGCGGGGACUACGACGACUUCUACCGCGCCGUGGUGCAGUUCUUCCAGGUGCUGGCCGAGUGCAACAUUCGGCCCUAUGUCCUCAUGGACGGCGGGUACGAGGAGCGCAAGCUGAGGACCGUGAGCACCCGGCUGCGGAACAAGAUUUCCGUGAUCAAGAAGAUAAACCCCAAUGCCUCCAUCACGCUGUUUCCCCUGCACCUCAAAGAGGUGUUCGUGGAUGCAGUGCGCGAUUGCGGCGUCCCGGUGAUGAGGUGCGUCUUUGAGGCGGAUGACGAGCUGGCUGCUCUGGCCAGGAAACUCAACUGCCCAGUGCUCUCCUACGACUCGGAUUUCUACAUCCACAACGUCAAGUACAUCCCGCUGAUCACGCUGACUGUUAAGGUGCUCACCAAACAGGUAAAGGACCAGAACAACAGCAACCAGAAGGACAACCGGGAUCUACGACGUUGCGAGGCCAAGCAUGUGGAGAAGCGCACCAGGGCCAACAAGAUUCUGGCUGGUAUUCAAACCACAGAGCAGACAGCAUCCCCGAAAGGGAAUUCCAAGACCUACAAGUACCUCGACUGCUGCAUCUACCGGGUGUCCCAUCUCUGCGGACGAGGAACUCUGAGUCCCGAAAAGCUACCGCUUUUUGCCGCCCUCCUGGGCAACGACUAUAUUGCCCGCAGCGCGUUCAAGAACUUUUUUGCCUCGGGAAUGGGCAAAGCAGGACGAAGCCGCAAACUGAAGCUCCAACAGAAGCGCAUACAGGUUAUCCUCACCUGGCUGAAGGAGGAAACUGCGGAGUCUGCCUUGGCUAAAGUGCUAUCUAGACUGAAAAAGAACCAACGAGAUUCACUGGUGUCCCAAGUGAAUGCAGCCAUUUCUGGUUACUCCAAUGAGUUAUGCCACGCCUAUGAUUUCUUCGAAGAGCACUACGAGAAUGCUUUUCCGUACGUAGAACCCGUCAGCGAAGAGGAAUGCAGUGACGAUGAAAAUUCGGUAAGCGGCGAUGAAAACAUAUCAGAAGUGGAAGACGGCGACGAUCAGGAGGAAGCUGAGAACCAAGAUGAGGAGCAGCAGGAAGAAGCACAAGGCGAAAAUCAAGAGGCUUGUUCUGGUGACGAUGUGGAGGAGGAAGAGGAAACGGAUGAAGGUCUUGAGUUGGAAGUGGAAGACAAAACCCUACUCUUCCCACAAUGGUUUCUGGACAAACUAUACCCCGCUCACCUGCCCCGCUGCCUCGUGGACCUUAUGCACCUGCGCAAAUACAUCAACAACCCACAAAUCGAGCACUUUCCCUUCCACGACUCCAAUGAAUUGGCCCUACCUAUCCUGAACUACGUCUUCGCUCUUCUCCAUCACGUAAAGGGUGAGGAAACUGAGCCACAAUUGGAUACGGAGGAUUCGACAGUGCCCUAUCUCACCUACCUCACUAGAGUUCUUCGAGUGACCAACGUGAGGUAUGUCAAGAUGCCCAUUGAAAAGAAGCCUGCCUAUGCGUUUGAUCCUCUUUCGCCGGAUGCCAGGCAUCUAAGAGCUGUAUUCGAAGACAAUGCUCCUCAUGCGAAGACGGAUAAGUUGUUCAGUAAGCUCGAUCAGCUGCCGGAGGAUCUGAGGCUGUACUUUCUGGCUAUAAUCUACUGGCUACAUCGUUCUGAGCACUGUGACUUGCUGCAUCUGCACUCGCUUAUCCUCAGUUUGGUUGUCUUACGAACCAUCGACGUGAAAAUCCCUGCUGAAAGAGAGGUUAAAGCAUUUCACAAGAGAUUUGGCAAGACACUGAAGGCAGAGCGAGCAGUGAGAAAUAAGGAAGCUGCCGAGGGAAUCAAGCGCGGCAUCAAACCCGCUCUGCUAGAGCUUUCUGUUCCUGAGCGGAUGACUCAUGUACCGAAGUCCGACUGCUAUUUAACACAGGAACGCCUGCUGCCGCAUUUUCAUAUGCAGGAGAUCUUCAAGAAGAAGUUCGACUUGUACUCCACCACGGUUAUCCACGCAUUUGCCGAGUUUCAGGCUGUGGUUUAUCAACUCAAUGGGCUCAAUUCUCUUUUGGAUUUCCCGCUUCUGAGCCCAAGGAUGAAUCAGCUUUAUUGCGGCGCUUUCCUCUACAACAUUUACGAUGUACUAAGAAAUCGUGCUGAUGUCCGCUACCAUGUUGAGAACUUUCUGCUGCCCGACUCCAAGAUGAUGUUCGAUUUCUAUUGCUAUUUGUACGACUGGUGCGCGGAGUUUAUACCAUCUUGGAAGCGAUUAGAGGUGGACCCGACGGCGGUGAAGGCGAUACAAAAGAAGCGAUUGAAGAAGCAGCGCCAGGCGGCCAGGAAAGUGGAGUUGAAGGAGUCCAUCGCGGAUCCCAAUGCGGAAAUGGUCAAGGAUGCGGAUCCGGAAAACGACUUUUUCGACUUGAACAACAAAUUCUGCGCGCUCAAGGUAGCGUAGCUAAUUUGUAAAUCUGCUGGUGCAAUUUUUCAGUUUCAACAAUGUUACUGAAUC